UCAACAUAAAGAAGAACAUCAUGAGAAUAAAGAUAUAUCAGCAGUGGAAUUUUUCCAGAGCCUAUGGGUGGUAGAUAUAUGCGACACCAAUUGGGAUCUGGCUUCAUCACCAAAGGUAAUAGAUCAGAUGGCUGCAAACAUUAGAGAGGUACAUAUAAAGAAGGGAAAGAUUUGGUGCCGCAAUUUUGCAUGGAGACAAUUGCGGAACCUUCGCAGGCUUUGAGUAAUUGAGCCGAGAUGCCCUUGGGAAACAGGCAAAAUGGAUGAAUUCACGGAUAUGGUGAAGUUGGAGUUCCUCGAUCUGUCUAGGAAUGUUACAAUACAAUAUUUGCCAAGCAUGUCAGGGGCAACAAGCCUCAAGAAUAUGGUUCUAGAUGGUUGUGUUGGGCUCAAGCGUGUUGAAGGGCUCCCCGUGUCACUUGAAUCAUUCAGCUUAGAUGCAGGGUCCGGAAAAGAUGAUUGCAAGAAGGCCAAAAUAACCCACAUCACCAUGGCCGGAUGUGCAAAAUUAUCUGACUUUGUGUUGCGUGGAUCACUUCCAAAGCUUGAGGAGCUGAAUUUGUCCCACACAUCCGUCAAAACACUUGACCUCAAGGAUGAGGUGGUGGAGGUCCCAUGUCUCCAACGAAUCAUCAUGAUGGGUUGUGAGCAGCUUCGUGCCGUGCUUUGGCCAAAAAUGGGGGUGCCCGGACUAACUUUGCUAGUCAUUGACAACCGAGGAGGAGAAAAGGUCGAAAGAACACUACCAGAUUUAGACAAGCUAAAAAAGGGACAUCAUCAUGUUUAUGUUGCUACAAUGGACAUGAGAUUCAUUCAGUCACUAGUGAUAAGAAGUCACCGUAUCUUUUUGUCCCCAAAGACCGUUGGAUGUAGUCUAAACCUCUGCAUAUCUGCUGGCAGUCAGUGGUGCAGCAACGAGAAGAUGGGCCCUGACAGCAUAUCAGGGCCACCCCUAGCGAUGUCAUUAUUUCCCAAUCACUCUUACAACACCUACAAUGAUUUUGCUGUUGAUGACAUAAAUAUUGGUCAUGACUACAGCAGCGCAGUGCAGUUUCAGCUGGGGGACUACCAUGUGGAGAUUGGUGAUGGAUUUAGCAACACUAGCGUGGAUACCAUCCGAGGAAUGGAAGCUAUCAUCUUAGUGAUGGACAAGGCUGGGUCGCUGCAUGUGCAUGAUAAUUCUUCCAUCACUAGUGCCAACCCUGGAAACAUCCCUGGACUCAUGAAGUCCGGUCAAGUGCUGAAACUUGGUUGGGAUUGUCUCAAAUGGUGUCGUGUGGAGCGAUGUACCAAGCUACACACAGUAUUCGAUGCUAACCACGUUUAUUGCUCUUUUAAAGAACUAGAGAGCAUUUGGGCAGCUGAUCUUCCAAUGGCCUGCUGCAUUUGGAGCAGCGAAGGAUCGGCGAGGUAUUACCCAUCACGGCGUCAUAGGUAUGGGAAACUGCAGAGCAUACACCUUCACUCCUGCCCGAGGCUCACAUUUAUCCUCCCACUGUCAUGGCUGGACACCUUGAGAAACUUGGAGACCAUCCACAUCGUCUUCUGUGGCGAUCUGAAAGUGGUGUUCCCGGUGGAGCAGAAGCUCGACCUGAGCAUUUCAACAUACACACCUAGGGCGUUCAUAAUUGGUACACUGGAGUUCCCCAACCUGAAGCACGUGUACCUGCACGACCUCCACAAGCUGCAGCAUAUAUGUGAAGCCAAGAUAUUUGCUCCCAAGCUCGAGACCAUCAGGGUCAGGGGCUGCUGGGGUCUGAGGCGCCUCCCAGCCAUCGGCCGAGACAACCACCCUGUCGUGGACUGCGAGAAGGAUUGGUGGGACAAGCUGGAGUGGGACGGUCAGGAGGCCGGCCAUCAUCCUAACCUCUUCAAGACGCACCACCCGUCUUAUUACAAGAUGCCCCUGGAGAGAAUUUCCGUUCUCCGGUGAAACCGUUGCAACCCUUUUUAGAUUUGGUGGUGCAAGAUGAUGUCAUGCCUUGCUGCUCCUGACUGCUGCGUUGCCACAGCGGUUCAGGUGUUCAUUUCCAAAGAUUAUGUUGGUGUGUUUUUCUGAAGAAUAAAUCGGUGUGAUGUUGUGUUUUCCCAAGAUCAGGAGUAAAUCUUCUUAGAUUUGUUUCCAAUGAGAUGGAGACGACCGUACCGUCUGUUUGUGUGUGGUUUGGUUUGGUUUCGCUUGUGGUCAUGUUUGUGUUUGUAAUAAGGUUUUGAUGUGCUUGUGGUGUGUCUACCAUGUACCGUCAUAAAACCCCUAUUGGUUUGACGAGAAUGCUGUUUGCCAAAGACUACGCAUGAAACAAUGCUAAGUGUGUGCCCAUGUAUCGGUGUGGUUUUACAUGUAUGCUUGCCUGGGAAUGUACAUGUAUAAUAUAUUACUCCCUCCGUUCCAUAAUUUUUGUCCUCGUUU